UGAGGCUUAUUAUUUAUUUGACUUAUUUAUUUACUAUUUUUGAUUCCUCCACAUAAGGCAAAGUGCUUUGAAGAGCUCACCACACACGUUCAUGGUUCUCACUAAAGAAGCCUCAUGUAAGUGUCAUUGGACAACUGAUACCCUGCUACCUUUGUUUGAAAACUGAGAGUUUUUCUUGUGCUGAUUUAACUGCCUGCAAUUUUUGCUGAUGCUCUUGUGACAAAAAGAAUGCUGAUUCUGUCCUUUUUAACCCCUGUGUGAAACUGACUUAAUAGACUGUGCAUUCUCUGACCUUCUCUAAAGAUGUCUGAACCUGACUCUUCAUCUGCAUUCUCGGGAAAUGUGGAGAAUGGAACUUUCCUUGAGCUUUUUCCCACAUCCCUGUCCACAUCGGUGGACCCAUCCUCAGGCCACCUGUCAAAUGUCUACAUCUAUGUGUCAAUAUUCCUCAGCCUUUUAGCCUUCCUGCUUCUGCUUUUAAUCAUUGCCCUCCAGAGGCUCAAAAAUAUCAUCUCCUCCAGUUCCUCCUACCCAGAGUAUCCAAGCGAUGCGGGAAGCUCUUUCACCAACUUGGAAGUCUGCAGCAUUUCCUCGCAAAGGUCCACUUUUUCAAACCUUUCGUCCUGAAGAAAAUGGAGAAGUCCUUCAGUCCUGGAGCUACUUAAGUCUUCCCUGGGGGGAGUGUUGCACGAAGCAGGUGCCUCAUGAGAGAAAUGCCCGUUUUGUCCUUUUCCAUCAAUCAGACCUGUUUCUCCCUCUCCUUCACCCCUGAUAUCUUUUUCUGCUCGUGAUGCUUUUUAUUUGGGAAUGUAGGAGUCGAUGCUGACAGAAAUGCAUGCAAGGUGCAGAAUUUCACAUAAUCCACUUGGCGAAACUGGAGCUGGCUUCCUCUGGGUGGAUCAGGCCACCCUGGUGGACACCUGAGGCAGAACUCACCUGGGGCGGCCGUGCAGUGGAUGCUGGAUCUGGACUCUGCACGUUGUUCUCUUCCGAAACUGUGAAAUCCACUGAGCCAGCAGAAACUGGCAAAAUUAAGACUGAGCUAUGUAGAAGAUAUUUUCCAUAUUUAAAGGAUACAGUAGAAACACCAAACUUUAAAAAAAGAGUCCAUUUAGGCUUCAUGUAUAAUAUCUCUAAAACUGGUUAGCAAAAGUAUGCUGUUUUAUUUCAUUUCACUGUAGCAAGUGAAAAUCAUUUUUAUUGAUGAAUUAAGUCAUAUUUGGAAAAGUUCUGGAAGACUUUAACUUUUAAUGGCAAGAUGAAUAUGUGUUACAAUGCAGUCUGUCAUGUAUUUCUGCCUCUUGAGGGUUUUUUUCCUAUUUAUGUUAUAAUCAUAACACCCCUACAUUUGUGGAAUUCUUUGUGAUAAUUGCUGUUGCUAUUACUAAGAGAGGCACCAGAAGAGAGACCAGGAAGUUUAUUUUAUAUCUAUAAUUUCCAUCAGCAGGAAUCACACAUAUGGAAAAUAUUCAUUUAGUCGUAUUUUAUACAGAGUAAUAAUGCCUAGCAGUCGUGUAAGUAUGCUCCUUUUCUCAGUUUCCUAGUCUUUAUCCGUUUGGUGCAGAAUUGUAUUAAGCUUUCAAAAUGUCAGGUGUUUGUUCAGUCACAUUAGGUUGCAAAACUUAGAAGACUCAAUUGCUAAUAUCCAUGUUACUAUAUACUCCAUGGACGUUAUGUGUCUCUGAUAACGUGUCUCACUGUUAUGUGUUAACACAAUACACUACAUUAGGAUUCCAUGAUGUGGAUUUAUGUUUAAAAACUGUAGACACCAAAGUUGGGUAGCUGCUGGGAGAUGAGUGAUCCUGGACACUACCAGACUGUGGUCAGCCAAGCACAUCUGAACUUGGGGGCUUUGUCCAGAAAAUGAGGCACAUGUGUGAGCACAGAUGUGGAAUAAGGGGCGGGGGAUCGAGCCACCCCUAAAAAACAAACAGGGCAAACAAACUACAGCUUCUUAAGAGUAAGAAUUUUAAUUUGAUCUUUAAAAUAAAUGGUCCACAGCAUAAACACUGAACAUAUUCAGCCUUCAAAGCCCACUGUAUCAUGCUCCUGUCUUCCCAUGACAACCGGAUCCUUCUUGUCCAAAACAUUUACUCAUCUUAAGUGGUGGGGCUUCAACCCACCUUUGGUUUGGUGGCGUGUCAUCUCCAUCCAGUAAUUGAAUGGGAUAAAGAAUCUACCACUUUAACAGGUCAUUCUUUUCCUUCUAAAAUACUGGUAGAGAUGCGUUUGGGCAGUGAGGAUCAGAAGGUUUCUUUCUUUUUUUUUAUCCAUAAGCCUCACUUAAAUGAGACCACACUGAAAGAUUUAUAUAUCAAAAUUCUCCCCAGACACCCAAAGACCUGCAACAGGGCUGCUGCCCUAAAAUGUAUAAUUAGUGAAAAUUUUGCUUCUGCUGUCAUUUUAAAACACAGCAGUGUGUUAGAGUGUUAUUAUGUAGUAUAAAUGCUGGACUAGAAAAAUGCUGCUAUUUUAGACCAUUAUCAGCAUUGUGUGUAUGUGUGUGUGUGUAUGUGUGUGUAUACACAACACAUUCUCAGAAUAUAUAGUAUAUAUAUUCACACAUCCCAGUUGUGUGAAGGCUGCACAGGAGUACAGAGGCAUCUAUAUUAUCACUUUUGCUCUUUGAUUAAUCUUGUGCUAUUUUGGUUACGAAGGAAGAAAGGAUAUGGAUGAAGUGACUUUUAAAAAUAAAGGAGAAAAUGUGCCACACAACAGGCUAAUCUGAGUGUGAUCUGUUCUAAGGGGUAACUUUAUACUCUUUCCCCCGGAAGAGAUCCAAAGACUUCUGAAAGUUAAACUGUUUUUUUUUUAAUCUGCAGGCACACGCCCUCCCCUUCCCCGCUCCCCCAUCACAGUGGGUCCCACUCCCCAGGUUAAGUAGAGUGGUUGGGAGCAACAUUCAAAGAUGUAAAAUAGGAUUUGUCAUUACCAGCUUGUCAAGAUAACAGAUUGGACAACUUGAAUCUGUGUUAAGAAGUUCAGAAAGGUGGGAAGACUGGUUUAUAAAUAAAGGAAUCAAGCCCACUGAAAGCCUGGCUCUUC